AUGAGCACCUGCAGGGAGCUGCCCUCAGUCAGACUGUCCCCAGAAGGACAGAAGGACCUGGGCCUAGUAAUCCGUGGUGAAAAGGAUGAACACGCAGUGUUGUGCAGCAAAGAUAAAACUUAUGACAUGAAAAUAGCAGAUACCUCAAAUAUGCUGCUUUUUGUUCCUGGUUGCAAAACUCCAGAGGAACUGAAUGCAGAUCCAGCAUCUUGUAAUAUUAUUUAUUCACAGAUUGCUGGUUUCUCCAAGAACUAUUGGGAAUUAAGGAGAUGUCGACCAAAACUGAAGAAACUGAGGAAGCUUUUAAUGGAAGAUCCAUAUGAAGGGCCUGAUAGUCAGAAAGAUCAGACUUCAACAUUGUCAAAGUAUACAACAGAAGAUUUGUUAAGUCUGAUUCAAGCAAGUGAAGAAGAAAUACUCCACCAAUUGCAGGUUAUAGAUGCCUGCAAAAUUGAAGGAUAUUGGAGAAUUCUAGACUUUGACUAUGAGAUGAAACUCUUGAGUCACGUGACUCAGCUAAUUGACUCAGAGUCCUGGCCUUUGAGUAAGGUUCCUCUAUGUGCCUGCCUUGAAGAACUUGGAUCUCUAGAACCCAGGGAGAUGAUAGAACAUGUUCUUUUAAGUUAUGGCAGAAAAUAUGUUGAUGAUGGGGAGGUUUUCUUUGAAAUGCGUGAAGAUAAAAUAUGCAGAGCUAUAGCACGAAUGCUCUUGCAAAAUGCAGUUAAAUUCAAUCUAUCAGAGUUUGAAGAAGUCUGGCAACAGAGUGUCCCUGAGGGGAUGACAACAAGGCUUGAUCAGCUUCAGGGCUUGGCUCUUGUGGAUAAAAGUUCAAGACCAGAGACCAUUUUUCUGCUAAAAGUAGAAGACUUACCUGAAGACAAUCAGGAAAGAUUCAACAGCUUAUUUGGCAUACGGGAAAAGUGGACAGAAGUGGAUAUUACCCCUUACAUACAAGAUUUGUGUGCAGAGAAGCAGACCGUUGGUGCUCUUCUGACAAAAUAUGCUCGCUCCUCAAUGCUGAAUGGUGUUAAAGUUUUUAAUUCUAGAAGACCCAUCUCAUAACAAGUAUUGUUUGAAGAACUGAGGAUACUGAAUGUAGAAACAGUGAAUGUUACUUGCUGCUGCCUUCUGGGGAAAAGAGUUGCCAACCAUCAUUAUACAGUGGAGUUUAAGCAGCUGGGCUACUUGAACAAGUUGUGUUUUCUGCUCAGCUAAGGAGAGUGUGGGGGCACUUGGGGCCUCUAAGGAAUGAUAUUCAGCUCACCUUCCUUUGCCAGCCUUCUUUGCCAACCUUCCUUUGCCCAACUUCUUUUUCCUUUGUGUCUAGUUAAGCCAGGA